GCAACACUCCCUACGUGGCGCCGUCUUCCCUGCUAAAGUCGAAGCAGACAGCCAAGAGGGACCGGGAGGGCCUGCUGCCUUCGAGCUGGCGACGGAGGCCCAUACAGGGACGGCCAGGGAGCAGAAAGGAACCACAAGCGACCUUUUCAGCGUCGACAGAAGCCGUAGCACGCCGCGGGGACAGGGCGCUCUGGACGGCUCUUUGCAGGACGUGCAAACAACAGUGCUGGUUUCUGGAAGGGUUGGAAUCUCCCACGGCGUGGGCAGAGAAUGAAAACCCGGGACAGAAGAGGCCGCAGCGUGGAGACAAUGCCAGAGGUCGGAGUGCGGGAUCCGGGCCGUCCCGGAAAGAGGGGCUGGAGAAAACAGGCGGGGGAAAGUUUGCACGAGAGAUCACCAGGAUGCGCCCAGACCUGCGAGGCCCGAGGAAGGGGCUGGAAGGAGGCACAAGUCUGUGGCUCGGGGAGUGCGUGUGGACCUUUCCCCACGAGUGCUGGUGCUCCCUGUCACCCCCCACCAGAAAGUAGGAGCCACACCUCCACAGGGCAGGGGACGCCCCAGGCUGUGAUCGUCCAGGGAGCCAGCGUCGGAGCGUGUCUGGUGUUUUCCCAGGAGCAGAGCACCGGACAAGAAAGGAGGCCUCCGGAUUCUGGAAGAAAAUAAUCUCCCACGGGACUCUGAGCUCAGCAGGUUACCCGCCCCAGGGACAAAGAUCUGCUUCCCGUGAGGCUACCUCGUAGCCUCAGGAAGGACACCGUGGCCACUCAGCAUGUCCCAGCGACACUCGGACAGCUCCCUGGAAGAGAAGCUGCUGGAAUACCGCUUCCACUCCGAGCUGCGGCUCGAUGCCAGGGGGAACCCGGCGUCCGGGCUCCCCAUGGUGCGGGGCGCCCUGCAGCUCAGGGACAACGAAGGCUUCCAGCUCGAUACCUUGGUGCCCCCCGCUGUGUCCCCUAAGGACGAGGAGCCACGGGCUGUCGUCCUGAGCACGCAGAGCCCCGCGGCCCUCAAGAUGGGCACUCAGCAGCUGAUCCCCAGAAGCCUGGCCGUGUCGAGCAAGGCCAAGACCCCGGCCCGCCACCAGAGCUUCGGGGCGGCCGUGCUCAGCAAGGAGGCCGCCCGGCGGGACCCCCGGCUCCUGUCAGCCCCCAGCUUCUCCCUGGACGACAUGGACGUGGACGCGGGCCCCGGGGGGGCGCUGAGACGGAACCUACGGAACCGAUCCUACCGGGCGGCCAUGAAGGGCCUGGAGGCGCCGGGCGGGGAGAGGGGCCCCCUCCAGCUCAGCCCCAAGCUCCAGGCCCUGGCGGAGGAGCCCAGCCAGCCUCCCGCUCGGUGCCCGGCCAAGAAUAAGAGGACACUGGGGCGGAAACGUGCACACAAGGGCUCCUUCAAGGACGACCCCAGGUUCUACCAGGAGAUCCGGGAGCGGGGCCACGGGGACGCGAAAGCGCACCGCCUCGAGGACAGCUUCGUGGUGCAGGACUACGCCCAAGUGGACCACAUCCGGGUCCAGAAGACGGAGGCCUCCGACCCCUCCCUGCUGGGGGGCGGCGGCAGCCGCGGCUCCUCCGUGCCGCACCCCUUCCAGGUGACCCUGCUGCACAACAGCGAGGGCCGCCAGGAGAAGAUCCUGCUGUCGUCCGACUCCGCGAGUGACCGGGCCCGCUGGAUCGUGGCGCUCACACACAAGGAGAGGCAGAGUCCCGCCAACAAAGGAGACCUGCCCCAGGUGGAGGUCACCAAGGCCUAUCUGGCCAAGCAGGCGGACGAGAUCACCCUGCAGCAGGCGGAUGUGGUCCUGGUUCUGGAGCAGGAAGACGGAUGGUUCUACGGCGAGAGGCUGAGGGACGGGGAGACGGGCUGGUUCCCCGAGGACUUCGCCCGAUGCAUCACCAGCCGCGUGGCCGUGGAGGGCAACGUGCGCAGAAUGGAGCGCCUGCGCGUGGAGACAGACGUGUAGCCCGCUCUGCCCGGCGAUUCGAGGGGCGCAGAUCCACCGGCCCCCAGGAGCCUGACAGCCCGCGGGUCUCCCGAGGCGCUGGGGGCUGCAGUGCCGGCUGCAGACACAUCCGGUGGGAAGCUCGCACGCGCCGUCCCCCCCGGGGGCCACCCUCCCCCAAGCUGUCAGGGCCACGCCAGCUUGGCCCCACGUCUCCCACACGUCCCGCACCCACCGCACCGCCACGCAGGGCACGUGACUGGACGCAGGACGUGGCCCGGCUCCUCCCUCGCCUCUCCUGCCCCCACGUGGGACCGAGGGCCCCACUCUCUGAGAGGAGGUCCCGCCUGAGGGAGCGGACUCUGGUGCCAGUGCUGAAAUCCUGACUGAGGUUUCCACAGACAUUAAAGAAAGUAUUUCUUUAGCGCCUGGAUUUCCAUGGGAGCCUGCGUCUCGGGGAAGGCCAGGGCAGUCCCUGCAACAUCCCCAGGGUGCCACCGGCCGGGACCGGCUCCCCGCGCGUGGUCACCUGGGCCGGGUCCCGGGGGCGUGUCCGGCCCCCCCUCUUCCUGGUCACCCGUGCUCGUCUGUGGCCUUGGCCGGACUGUCCGCCUGGAGCUUGGUGAGCGAGGCCGGUGGCUCCUGACCCCUGUCCCCACACACUCCUUUGCUGGCUAGCGGGCUCCGUCUGGCUAGUGGGUCUGGGGGCUCUUCUGGGAUGUCCCACCAACCCCCGCCUCCCUCAGGGCCCAUCUGUCCCCCCAGGACCUGGACGUGCAGGUGGGGAAGUCUGUCCACACCCAGGGCCCCCUCGGCUCGGGCAGUGCUGUCCUUGGGGUGGGGGCUCCCAUUAUGACAAGAAUCUGCCCAGAUCCCGCGGGAGCUCCGGUC